AAUUUUGACACACGAACAUAUUUGGAGAGUAUAGGUCUACUAGCUAGCGUUGUACAUAUCACACAGUAUAUGUGAUUUAUAUAGUGACUGUGACAUAACUAUACACAUAUAUAGGUAGAUUCGGAAAGUAGGGUAUGAUGACGGGAACAAGUGUUGACAAGAGUGUUGCGGAGGCAGAGAAGAAAGAUAAGGAUGUAGUAAGCGAUAAGAAAGACGGGGCCAAGGGCAAGGAGAAGGUUGAAGAGGCUGAUCUCAAUGAAGAAGAUCGCCUCCUUAAAGAAACCCUGGAAUUGUGCAUGGAGAAAUUAAACGGUGAUGAUGCCAAGCAGUACAAAGAAGCUUUGAACAAGCUCAAAGAUUCGAUCCAAACAGCAACAUCCGGCAUGACCUCUGUCCCUAAGCCUUUGAAGUUCUUAGAGCCACACUUCACAGCGAUUAAAGCGGCGCACGAGAAGAUCACAGAUGAGAAUGACAAGAAAUUAACUGCAGACAUUGUGUCAGUGCUAGCCAUGACAGCUACGGAAUCGAAGGAAAAGGAUUGUUUGAACUAUAGAUUAUUGGGUAUGCAGGGGUCACUGGCGGACUGGGGUCAUGAGUAUGUGCGCCACUUGACUACAGAAAUUGGUGACUUACACAACGAGCAAUUACUACUAGGAGAGGAGGAAGUCAAUCAGGUCGAGAAAGACAAAAUCUUGAUCAUGACCAAGGAAAUCGUCCCAUACUGUCUAAAACACAAUGCCGAAGCUGAAGCCUGUGACUUAGUGAUGGAGAUUGAGUGUCUAGACUUAUUAAUAGAACACGUAGACAAGGAUACUUAUCAGCGUGUGUGCAAUUACAUCGUGUCAUGUGUCCCGUACACCCCGGUGGAAGAGAGUGCCAUACUCCUGCAGGCAGCUUUGGAUCUGUACAUGGCCCACGGCAAACAAGUGCACGCACUUCAGCUGGCUAUUCGACUCAAUAAGCCUGAAGUGAUCAAAUCUGUGUUCGAGAAGAUUGAGGAUCCUGUGGUGAAGAAGCAGGCCUCAUACAUACUCGCGCGCCAGAUGCUGCCGGCACAGUACGACGACGAGACGAGCGAGGAGUUGCUAGAGAUUCUUGCCAAUGCGCAUCUCAACCAGAACUUCCUCGCUCUCGGUCGCGAUUUGGACGUCAUGGAGGCCAAGGUGCCCGAGGACAUAUACAAGAGCCAUCUCGAGCCCAGCCGUUCGACAUUCGGCUCGUCCGUGGACUCUGCGCGACAGAACCUGGCGUCCACCUUCGUCAACGCCUUUGUGAACGCUGGCUUUGGCCAGGACAAACUCAUGACCGUCGAGGGCAACACGUGGCUGUACAAGAACAAAGAGCACGGUAUGAUGAGUGCCUCCGCGUCGCUGGGCAUGGUGCUACUGUGGGACGUCGAUGGAGGGCUCACGCAGAUCGACAAGUUCCUGUACUCCAACGACGACUAUGUCAAGGCGGGGGCCUUGCUGGCGUGUGGGGUGGUCACGGCUGGGGUCAGGAACGAGUGCGACCCUGCACUAGCGCUGCUGUCUGAUUAUGUUCUGCACUCCAGCAACAUCAUGCGCGUGGGGUCUAUUAUGGGUCUGGGCAUCGCGUACGCCGGUUCGUCGCGGGAGGAGGUGACGGAUCUGCUUAUUCCAGUGCUGAGCGAUGACAAGUCCAAUAUGGAGACCCUGGGCAUGGCCUCCAUUGCGCUGGGUAUGACCUGUGUGGGCACGGCCAACGCCGAGGUGGUCGAGGCGAUCCUCACGUGUCUGAUGAGUGAGAAGGUCACCUCCAACCAGAGCGACACGUACGUGCUCUUCAUCGCCUUGGGAUUGGCGCUGUGUUAUCUGAGGCGCGAGGAGGCUGUCGAGGGUACCAUGGAGGCGCUCAAGACGCUGCCGGGCUCCAUUGCACAGUUUGCGAGUGUGUUGCUGGACGUGUGUGCAUACGCGGGGUCUGGCAAUGUGCUGAAGGUGCAGAAGCUGUUACACAUGUGCAGCGAGCACAUCAAGACAGACGACGAGGAGGACACUACCGAGCCCGAGCCUGCCGCCGGUGCUAGUGGUGAGGGUACACCGGAUGCUGCUGGGACAGCUGCCGGCACAAAAACGAAGGAAGGCGAUGCCAAUGAGGACGAAAAGGCUCAGGACAACCGAUACCAAGGCAUUGCAGUCAUUGGACUGGCGCUUGUGGCGAUGGGUGAGGAGAUUGGCACAGAUAUGGCUAUCCGAUCAUGCAGCCACCUGCUACAGUAUGGUGAAGAGGUUAUCCGCAGAGCCGUGCCGUUGGCCCUAGCGCUUCUGUGCGCGUCUAACCCAAAGCUUAACGUGCUUGACACGCUCAGCAAACUCUCGCACGACCAGGACGCCGAGGUGGCUCACAACGCCAUCUUCGCCAUGGGUAUGGUAGGCUGUGGUACCAACAACGCACGUAUAGCGGCCAUGCUGCGGCAGUUGGCGGUGUACUACCACAAGGACCCCAACAACCUGUUCAUGACACGCUUGGCCCAGGGCUUGUUGCACAUGGGCAAGGGUACCAUGACCAUCUCACCGUACCAUUCCGAUCACUCCAUCAUGUCGCUGGUGUCUACCUCAUCUCUAUUGGCCGUGCUCAUGUCUCUGCUGGACGUCAAGAAGACUAUUCUGGCCAAGAACCAUUACAUUCUAUAUUUGCUCACGCCAGCCAUGUUCCCGCGGAUGUUGGCGACGUUCGAUGAAGACUUAAAUCCUUUGCCCGUCAGUGUGCGUGUAGGACAGGCUGUCGACACAGUGGGACAGGCAGGAAAACCGAAAACCAUCACCGGCGUACAAACACACACAACCCCCGUUUUGCUGGGCAGCAACGAGCGAGCAGAACUGGGAACUGAAGAAUAUAUAUCCCUGACGCCCACUAUAGAAGGAUUUGUAAUUCUGAAGAAAAACCCUGAUUAUGAAGCGUGAUUAAAAGAUAAUUUUUAACUACCAC